AUGUACAAUGACUUUAAAUCCCUGGGGCUCUCCAAAUGGUUGGUCGAAGCUCUGCAUUCCAUGAAGAUAACUCAGCCUACCAUUGUUCAGAAGGCAUGCAUUCCAGAAAUAUUGAAAGGUUGUGAUUGCAUAGGUGGAGCAAAAACUGGUUCAGGUAAAACAAUUGCAUUUGCUGCCCCUAUGUUGUCGAAUUGGUCUGCAGACCCAAGUGGGAUGUUUGGUGUCGUAUUGACUCCUACCAGAGAACUAGCAAUGCAAAUUGCAGAACAGUUUACUGCCCUGGGAAGCAUUAUGAAUAUAAAAGUUGCACUCGUUGUUGGUGGAGAUGAUAUUGUUAAACAAGCCCUUGAACUGCAGAGAAGGCCCCAUUUUAUUAUUGCCACCCCUGGCAGGUUAGCUCACCAUAUUAUGCAUAGCGGAGAGGAUACUAUUGGAGGAUUGAGGAGAGUAAAAUAUUUGGUUCUUGAUGAAGCUGAUAUCUUGCUCACAAAUACAUUUGGCAAGGACUUGGCAACUUGCCUCAGUGUAUUGCCUCCAAAAGAGAAACGGCAGAAUUUACUAUUCACAGCUACAAUUACAGACCAGGUCAAGGCCUUGAAAGAGGCUCCACGAGUAGAAGGAAAACCACCAGUGUUUUCAUUUCAGGUAGAAGACCUAGACUGCUUAGCUAUCCCAAAGGCUUUGAAAACAGAAUAUCUACUGGUUCCAGAGCAUGUAAAAGAAGCAUACCUCUAUCAAAUUUUGAGUAGCGAAGAAUACAACGAUAAAACUGUCAUCGUCUUUGUGAAUCGGACAGUUUCAGCAGAAAUUCUAAGAAGAACUUUAAGACUACUAGACGUGAGAGUAACCUCACUGCAUUCUCAACUGCCUCAAAAAGAAAGAACCAAUUCCUUGCAAAGAUUCAGAGCUAAUGCAGCAAGGAUUUUAAUUGCAACAGAUGUUGCUUCUAGAGGCUUAGAUAUCCCAGCAGUGCAGUUAGUUUUAAAUUACGACAUACCAGCAAAUCCUGACACCUAUAUUCACAGAGUAGGCCGUACUGCUCGUGCAGGAAGAAGCGGUGAGUCUUUAUCCUUCGUGUCUCCAAAGGACGUUUCUAGGAUUAAAGCUAUUGAAAGUAGAAUAAAUAAGAAGAUGGAUGAGUUUACCAAAGUAGGAGACACAGCUGUGAUUCGGAAAGCAUUGACAAAGGUCACUGUUGCUAAAAGAGAAAGUCUAAUGGCCAUGGAUAAAGAAGGUUUCGGUGAAAAACGGAAGCAACAACGUAAUAAAGGUGGUAUUAAAAGGGCUAACAAAGCCUUAGAGACUAAGAAUAAAUAA